GUCGUGUACUUCUUCAGCGUGUGGCGACCCUGGAGAUCACUUUUGCUUUCGAAGCGCGCUACGGCAGCCAAAGCAUCCAUGCAGCUCGUGCUGCGCGCCGCCGCGACAGCCGCCGCCACUGUCGCCCUGUUCGGCGCCAAUCCCGCCGCCGCCACCAACCCGUUGGAGUAUUCGCACCACGCCUCCCUACGUCGCUUGGUGGAUGUUCCCGAAGUAAACAAUGAAACACUCGAUUCGGCCAAGAAAUUUAGCCAAGAUGCGCUCAAGUUCCUGACCAACCUGCGAGGCGGCGACCCCACGUUCUACGCCAACUUAAUCACUACGGUCCAGAUUCUCAUGUGCGACGAACAAUGCGCAAAGGAUGGCCACGCCGACACCGCAGAAACCAACGCGGUGUGGACCGGUCCCGACGAAGGCAUUGCCCCCUACUUUCGGUUUGUCUCCAAGGACAGCAAACUCGCGCUGAAAAAUGAAACGGGGGCGUGCAUCCAUGUCGCCCGCCCGACGGGGGUUGUCGCGGCCAACUACGCCAAAGGGCUGUGCGAAGUCAAGCCCAAUUGCUACUGGGCUCCCAUUGACGAGACGGCGUUGACGGACCGCGGCCCCAAGUACUCGACUCUCCAGGGCCCGCAGCCUCCCGACGGCGCAUACCGCAUCUCGGACGCCAAAGCAUUUGUUCAAACGUAUGCCAAGGGGUUCGGCGCCGUCGUGGUGCCGUCCAUCAUUCUCCUCGUCUUGAGUAUUCUGAGCAUCCUGCUCUUCAUCUUGUGCCGCUGCUGCUGCAACAAGUGCGGGGGCCGCAACGGCAAGCCAGGCGGGUACAACUGCAUGGAAAAGUUCCUCCCGAUCCUGUUCUACCUGUUGUUUGCGAUCGCGAUCCUCGUCCUCGCCGCGCUCUCGUACGUGUACUAUGGCAUCGUCACGACGUCCGUGUCCAAGAUCUUUGAGAUCAUGCUGGCCCUCAUCGACACGAUCACGACGUGGGUGGCAUCGCUUUUGUCGCCGCUCAAGCACAUUGGUGACAACGUGGUGUUGUCCUCGAGCAAGAUUUCGACGCAGCUCGACAACUCGGGGUUCAUCGAAACCGGCCUCUCCGGGAUCAUGAACCAGCUCACGGCAUUCGAGGCCCAGACGUAUGGGGUCACCCUGCCGCUCCACUGCGUCGUCGGUCGUGAUCUCUUUUGCACGGCGUGCCAGGCUUGCACAAACAUCAACACGCAAAUCAACACGGUCAGCACACAAAUCGACGCGGCCGCCGGCGCCGGCGUCAAGAGCUUGAAAGAGACUCGGUCGUCGAUCAAGUCGCUGUUGAUCGGCGCCAGCGACACGAUCCAAGACGUCGUCAAGAUGGCAGUAACGACGCAGGACACGCUCAUGGACACGCUCAAGUCGAACACGGCGCCCGUCGUCGACAUCCAAACCCAGUGGAACAGCAACACGGCCGUGACCAAGUACGGCAUCAUCGCGCUGUUUGCCCUCGCGAUUGUCGUGAUUGUGCUGGGACUGCUCGGAAUUCUGUUUGGUCUCACGCCGCUGCGAUGCCUCGUCGUCAUUAUGCACGUCGCGUACAUCAUCGCGUUCAUUGCGAUCAUCAUCACGUUCAUCUUGUCGGCCGUCUUCCUUGCCGUCAGCGUCCUCCUCGGCGACAUCUGCCAAGUCUCGGAUGUGAUCUCGGGCAACUGGACCAUCGCGCUCGGCGAAGACGCCAAGAUUGUGGACGCGUGCUUCAAGAACGAAUCGCUCGUCGACGUCAUGAAGCUGUCGGACCAGUUUGCAUUCGCCGACAAGAUCCAGUUCCCCACGAUCGAUCUUGGCACGAUGCUCGACUUUUCCAGCUUCACGGCGUUCUCGCAGACCAUCGGGUCGACGACCACGUCGACGUUUUCGUUCGACCCGGCCGCGAUUCAGCAGUUUGUGAACGCCCUCAACUCGCAGACGAACGUAAACGCCGGCGGGUGCGUCGUCGCGGACGGACAUUACACGGAUGCCAACAUCUUGACGCCGUGGACGGCCAACUCGGACGCAGCGCCGUCCACGACGGCCGAGACGUACAUGCAGACUCGGUACACUCCCAAGAAUGCCCAAUGCAACAGCCGGCCCAUGCAGUGCAUGGCUUCGUCCGCAACCUGCCACUACUCGGACUUUGUCACGGAAAUCUGGCGCAACGCGAGCACACUGCGCAUCAUUCAGCGCGACGCCGCCGUCUUUGUCACCAACAUGACGACCUCCAUGAACAACUUGGUCGGGUACGUUGACACGUUCAAGGACAACGUGACGAGCCUGACGAUGACGCUGACCGGCAUCGGGAACGACCUCGGUUCGUCGCUCAUUGCAGACGUCAAUUUGAUCAAGGCCCGCAUGCGGUGCGCAUUUGUCGCCGACACGUACAAGCAACUCACGGACGAGUUUUGCGUGAACAUGGUGCCGUCCUUCCUCAUGAUCUCGCUCUUCCUCUUCCUCAUGGGCAUCUUCCUCAUCCCGGUCAUCAUCACGCUCAUCAUCAUGGUCAAGCGACUGCGCCACAAGCACACGGGCGGCGCCGCCGAGAUGGACACCAAGUACAAGUAGGCGUCGUAGCAACGUUGCAUGAAAUCACAACGUUUUUUUU